CAGUUGCCAAUCAAAAACUUCAGCGGCACUCAACAGCUCACUUCGCAGUAGCUAUAUUAGCUAUAUUAGAUAGCAUAUCAUUCUAAUUUCUAAAUUGUACUUUUAAAUAUAAACACAAAUCACAAUAAGAGGAUUUUUAAUUUUUAAAUGGAAAUUUUAGUUUAUCUACCUUAAAAGCCAACGAACAAUUAAAUUUUUCAAAUGUUCGACAUUGUUGUGAUUUUAAAAUUGAUUUAUUGAAUAGUGAGCCGAAAUCGAAUAGUUUUAAAAACAGUUUUUGUCAUUUUUACCAUGGCAUAUUCUACGAGUGUUAAUAUAAGUAUUGAAACUCAAGCUGAAAAUAUAAUUCAAGAAAUUUCAUACGAUGGACAAGAAUUAUAUCAACCGGCACUUUCUAUGUCGGAUAACUUGUCAAAGCUUGCACAAAGAAUCGAUUUCAGUAAGGUCGAACAAGAGGAUCUUAAACAGCCUGAGGUGGAAAUCAAAACUGAAGAUGAAUCAAAAGAUCAAGCAUCUAAUGCUCCAGUAUCUGGAUGGAUUGAUUCUGUUGUUUCUAAACUAAAAAAAGCAGCUACAGAGAUUUGUGUUAUAUCAGAUGUGCUGGCUAUUACAAAAGAAAAGAGGUACAUGAUUUUAGAUCCUAUUCAAAAUGACUUAACUGAAACCAAACCAAUGGCACAAAUCUAUCUUCGUAAAAAGGCUUUAGCAAGUGCUUCAAACAUUAUAAUGUCAGCUGUUGAUCGUUUGAGAAGUAGUCAAAAUGAAUUUAUGAGGAACAGAACUACUCCUGAUUUUCAUAUUGAAUUGUUAAGGCUUCGGCAAAAUUGGAGAUUGAAAAAAGUUUCUACCGCUAUUAUUGGAGAUUUAAGUUACAAAACUGCUGGUUCAAAAUUCGGACAGAGUGGUAUGUUUGAAGUGACUAAAGCGGAAGAUGAUGUACAACCAAAUGUAGGAGGAGUAAAUGGUAGUCCUUCGUCUUCUCCUGUGCAAAAUGUACCAGUUGCCAAAUCUCCAUCAGCGCUUAGAGUAACGAUUCCUGCAGAACUUCAAGGAGUUUCUUAUAUUAUGGUAUUAUGUCAGAAAGAUCAAGAGAAUAUAUUUAACACAUCAAUUAAUUUGCUGGGAUCGGCUCCAGCUACGCCAAACCCAGAUAUGCAUUGGCAGCAAAAAUUAGAAGCCGCUCAGAACGUAUUAUUUUGUAAAGAACUAUUCAACCAAUUGGCCAAGGAGGCAGUUCAAUUACAAGCAGCAAUACCCCAUAUGGUUGUCGGAAAUCAAAUAACUGCUACCGUAUUUCCUGGUAUUCAGUUGAUUAUUGGUUUGUGCCAUAGUUCUACAAAUGGCAAUUCAAACACAGUUUUACCUUCUAAAACCGAUCACGAUCAUGUACUAGAACAUUCUCUUCACCAACUCCUCAGAGAAGUACACCAUAGAAAUACUCACCAGCCUUUCCCGCAUCCUUCUUCUGGUCCUCUGGGACCGAGUAAAAGGCGUGCGGUUGCGGGGCCCAAUGCAGCAGAUCGAUUUGAACUAAUAGAAAUGUCAAAGAGUCAGACAUUAUUGGAACAAAUCAUUGAACAAGCCCAGCAUUUUUUCAUGAGAUUACGUACUGAAUAUGUCUUAGACACAUUAUCAAAAGAGGUUAAAGACCCAACUAUAAUUUCCCACUGGAAUUCGUUAAACUCGCCAACUCAGUCAUGUGUUAAGAUCACUAUUGUUUCUCAUGGAUUUGACUGUAUUUGUAGAACUUCUCUUGUCAUUCACGUAAUGAAAAAAUCGUUAAAAUGUGUUUGUCGAGAUGGUAGAGUCAUGUAUUUAUCUUAUGAACCUCAAGAACUCAGAGAUCUAAUCUUUUGUCAAGUUUAUCAACAUCAAAUUGUUGGAGUUCAGUCUGUAGCUAAAACACAAGGAUGGCAAUUUUUGGCUAGUUCAUCACAUCUUGGAUUAGGCCCUGUCGAACCUAUGGGUAAUGCUAGUUCAUGUCUACUAGCAUCACCCAUUGGUGAUAGGUUGAUAUCGGUGAAAUGUGAGCCCCAAGGUAAUGUUAGCGUAAGUAUCGCGCAUUCACCGAAAAAAGACUUUUUUGGAGGACAACUAGUGAAAGAGAGAAAAUGGGAAAAUUUAGGUGGCUCCUUUAAAAAAGUCCGAUGGGAUAAAAUGGAAGGUAAAAAUUUUUUGAACAAAAUUGAACUUCUGAUGGCUAGUUUAACUAACUCCACAUGAUCAGUUAUGACGUUUAAAAUUUAAAUUUGUGAUGUAUUUAUUAAUGUGUAUAAAUAAUUGUAAGUCAUUAAUUUUAUUAAUAUUGUUGUAAAGAUAUUGUUUUAUUGUAAGUUUUAUAAUUUGUAUUGUAAUAUUAAGAUAAAUAGUUUGUAUUUUAAUAUCAUUGUUCUGAAUACAUAAAAUAUUGUUUUAUGUAAAUAA